AAUGUUUCUAAGUGCUUAGUAACUGGGGCUUAGGUAUGCGACCCAUAUCAACUUUCACGUCAAACGGUAACUUGAAAUAUGAGUAUGUAAAACACUUUGAAUUUGUGACUUAUUGAGUAACCGGGUGCUUUCAUCACAAAUGUUAGUAUUCGCGUCAAAAGAUAAGUGACAGCUCAAGGAAAAAUGUGAUGUAUGGCUAGAAAAAAAAGAGAAAAGAGAAAAAGAACAGAAAAGAGAAAAAAAAAAAAAAGGGGUAAUUACAUGGUAUAUUGUUACAUGUUUCAGUGGUGCUUAUUGCAAGUUUGCAUGGAGUUAUUUAAAGAUGAGCAUAAGUAUGAAAGUGAUAGUCAUUGACUCCCUUGCUUGGUAUUACUGGAAUUUGAACUAAAAAUCAAGUUGAAUGUUGAUGCUCCUUGUGUUAUCUGUGUGGGGAAGAAUGUAUGUGAGCUCUAUGGGUACACUUGACGAUAUGAAUCAUUUGAAAAAUAAACGUAUUCGUUCUGUAGCGGACCUCUUACAAGAUCAAUUUGGAUUGGCUUUGGUUCGUUUAGAAAAUGUAGUUAGAGGAACUAUAGGCGGAGCAAUUAGGCAUAAAUUGAUACCGACGCCUCAGAAUUUGGUAACUUCAACUCCAUUAACAACCACUUAUGAAUCUUUUUUCAGAUUACAUCCAUUAUCUCAAGUUUUGGAUCGAACUAAUCCAUUGACACAAAUAGUUCAUGGGAGAAAAUUGAGUUAUUUGGGCCCUGGAGGAUUGACAGGACGAACGGCUAAUUUUCGGAUACGAGAUAUCCAUCCUAGUCAUUAUGGGCGCAUUUGCCCAAUUGACACGUCUGAAGGGAUUAACGUUGGACUUAUUGGAUCUUUAGCAAUUCAUGCCUUGAUAAUCAUCCAAGCUUCAAUUUGCUUGUUGUAUGUUGAUUUCAACCCAGAUAUGCUCAAUAAGGCCAUUUAAAGCUUCACACAUCUUCUUAGCUCUAGCUCGCGUGACUGGACCUCCUUAGGUGUGUAAUGGAUCACAUGACGUAGUAGAUAUGCUGUCAUCUUGAUUCCCAUCAUUCCCUUUCUCCUCAAAAGGAUUUGUCCUCAAAUCGUCACCUACAUCAAAAGGAGAAAGAUCAGAAACAUUAAAAGUAGCACUAACAU